AUGAUGCAAAUGAAGAAUAAACUCUCUGCCUUUGCUGACGACACGAGCGAGGACGACUUUGGUGAUUCUGACGGAGAACUCCAACUGCCAACACCAAAUUCCAAUAAGUUGGAUGAUGAUGAAGAAGCUUGGGAUAACAGUGAUGAAAAUGGAUCCACAGUCGACACCAGCAACAACGACACAAGGAUUCAAACCAACAACAACAUCAAUGUCUCGGAAGAGCCUAGUCACGAACUCAGUAAGUUCGCUAAUAUCCUCAACAACAAGGAGAAGAGAAAUGAUGAUUCAGACAGUGAUUGGGAUGAUCUAUCGGACGACAACAACCAUGACAGCAGCACUCCCAACAACAGCAACACUAUUAAAAAUCAACAACCUACAAUGGAUGCUGAAGCAAUUAAAAAGCUUUUAGAGGAGCAACGAAGGAAGUUGACAGGAAUGUCGGGAAUAAAUUAUUUAAAGCCAAACCAAUCUCUAAACGACGAUGAAAACGAAAACAUUGAUUCCGAGGAUGACAUGAAUGAUUCUUUUAAAAAUUUGGAUAACACAGUUGAAAGAAAAAUCGACAUUCAUGAUGACAAUUUACCAGACAAGAAAGAUGUACAAAACGAAAUCAAAUCAACCCUUCACGAACAAUCUGAUGACAGUGAAGAUACUUCGGAGGUAAAAAUUUCUACGAAAUUUAAUCAAGAUGCAAAUGACAGUGAUACCUCGGAAUGGGAUGAUUCAGAUGAUUCGUCAGACACUGAAUUGAAAUUAUCCCAAUCCGUUAACAAGCAUGACGAGUCGACGACACCCACAUCCACUCUAAUUGAACAACCUCAAAAAACUGAACAACCUAACUCGGUACGAAUAGCCCAAGAGGGAGAAGAGAGCAACAAUGCUUCAAAAAAUCUGUCAAGCCCUUUUUCCAAAACAACGAGCACUAAAAUUGAGGACUCAAACAAAACCUCUCAAGAUACUCCUGCUUUGGCUGAUGACAAGAUUCUGAAUUCGAUACAUUCUUCAUUUUUUACUCCUCCUUAUUUGAAUAUACAAGAGAAAGUUGUACAACAAAAGACAACAACAGUGACUCGCUGCAAAGUGGCAAAUACCUUCAGUUUUGUUUCUCUCAUUGUUUCUUGCAUCAUGGUUGGAGUAGUUAUGGGACUGACACUUAUCAACCUUCGCAACUCAUUGAUUACAUAUUUAUCCUUUUCAUUAUUAAUUUCAUUCAUUUUGCUUGGAUUUAAUUUAUGGUUUGGAAUAUCUGAAACAGUUGAGGAUAGAACUGUUGUUACUGAAUCCAAGUUGCCAUCAUCUGAGUUGCCAUCAAAGAAAGCAAUUUUGUUUUGGAAGAAAUCCGAUUAUUCGACAAAAAAGAAAGCAAAUAAUGAAAAGAGCUACGUCAAAGCAUCCGUUAAAGAUAAAUAUGGAGACAAAGACGAAGAUGAAACAUUUGACUUUGACGGAGAUUUUGAAGAAAGAUACAGCAAAAUUAGUGAACCAAAACCCUCUCAACCAACAUUUGUCACACCAGAGGAACUUUUAUCGCGUUUGUCUGAGCAACCAGAUAUACAAGGUCAUUUCAAGAAAUUUUUUGAUAUGAAUGAGAAGCUUGUUAGUAGCUAUAAGAGCGAUUUGGACCAGUACGAACGAAAAUGUUCAGAAUUGGAACGAAAAGUAGACACCUUAAACCAUAAGAAUUCAAUUCUAACAAAUCAGGUCGAGAAUUUUACUUUAGAGCUGACCAAAUUUAGGGAAAUCAUUGAAAAGGAUCCAAACUGUGCAUCUCUCGAGGAGAGAAAGAUUAUUGAAAGAAUUAAUAGGGAUUAUGCAACAAAAAUAUCGUUUAUUUUGAACAAAUGCAAACCAGAGCAAAAGAAUGCUGAUUCUAAUAUUAAGGACAUCAUUGAAACCAAACUAGUUUUUAGAGAAAUACCAGAAAAGAAAAGAUAUCCAAGGAAAUAUUUACGAAAAGUGAAACGAGUAGAGAGAUUAGAGACCGAACAACUAUUGUCUGAUUCCAUUCCCAACAUCAGGAAUGGAAAGUGGUAUUUAUCUCUUGAGGAAAUGUUUGAGGCAUUCAAGCAAGAUAUGAAAACCAGAAUUCCAAACAUUGAAGAUAUGGAAGCAAGAGAAAGAACGUCAAUCAUACCUCAUAUUAAAUCAAGUGGAGAUGAUGAUUUUCGAGACAGUAGAGAUUUCUCACAACAAGAAAUGUAUGAAAUCAGAAAUGGUGUGUAUCAACACAAAACAGAACUCUAUAACUUUGGUUUAGAUAAUAUUCAAUUUUCAUCUGAGGUGUUUGCUCCUCAGAACAAAAUUCGAGAGUUAUGUAAAAAGAGAAAGGCCAUCCUGUCAGUCAAGUAA